GCUGAUGGAGUCUCAAGUGACUUUCGCAACGCAGUCGCGCUUCAUCGUCUCGACCCAUGCAUGCACCAAACUUACCCUUUGCGCCAUUCUGGAGGGGCGGCGACAGUCGUGAGACAUCAACACGUUCGAACGGUCCGACCGGCUUCCAACGGCUCUUGGUCUGGACCACUGGCAUGCACGAGCGUUUCUCAGCUGCAUCAAGUCGCUCAUUCUUUGAUUGCUUCGAAAGUCGCCCCAUCAGCAAGCACUUGACUCGCACUUUAACUCGUGACUUUGACUGCUACAGCAAUUCGAAUCCCCGCAAUGCAUGCCGCCUCCCAUUUUCAUUCACAAAGAUGAAUUUACGACGACUUCAACAAUCUCGAACGCAUGGACCGCAAGCGCGCGGCACGCAAGCGGAGAUUUCAAAUCUUCGACGCGAGAUCCCGCGGGCCUCACGUGCAAAAGAGGCGCGUAUCGGUGUUCUGUCGAACGAAAAAGAAAAAUCGGCCGCAUCGCGAGGUGCAUGUAGCGUUCGUCUUCGCGUCGAAUCGAGUCAUCUCUUCCUGGGUGCACGUCGCCAAGAUGCUCGAAUGCUGUGCUCUAUGAGAUCUGCAGGAGAGAGUCAAGCCAAACAUGGGCUCUGUGUCGCACGAUACGCCUCUUGCGGCCUCCGCUGCAGCCUCGAGAGUCCAGAAAUCUGAGGCAGACGGUCGUCUUCAUGGCCAGCUCUGGAAUCUUAACAUUUACGAGUAGCGUCACCAUUUCGACGUCUGCAACAAGAGCCUUCACGCGCACAUUCUCUGCCAAAAGAGUCAAUUCGAUUCGAAUUGAUUGAAUGUUGCAAGAUACAGCCGAUUU